AUGACCACGACACCACCCCUCGCGACGGGUGCCAACCCUCCGAUUCCCGCCGAACAGCUCGCCGCACUUACAUCGCUGCUGUCGGGUCUCACCGCUGCCGCUUCCGGCACUGCCACACCCGCCACGACGUCCGGCACCACUCGCACUGCCUUUCCAAAGCACGCACGCUUGGAUGGUGCGAAGACCUUCGCGAACUGGACACGCCAACUUCGCCUGUGCCUAGCGGACGACAUCCGCUCGUACGUCCUCGACGGUAUCGCACCCGACGACUGGACACCUUCGCAACGCUCCGCUCGCGACGCCGUCGCUCGUGAGGUCCUUGCGAAUUCGAUUGACUCGGCCGAAGUCUCGGCAGUCCUCGACAAAAAUCCCUACCGCCGACCUGACAGCGCCGACAAUCUACUCGACGCUGAAAUCGCGGUACGCCCCUGACGACGCCACCCGCACGCUCGAGCUCUUCUCACGACUCUGGGGUUUCCGUCCCAUGCCCGGCACGGUUGCCGAAUUCGACGGGUGGAUCAUGGACUUCAAAGCCGUUGCGCAAGAGAUCAUCGACACAAAGACAACUAUCAAUGAUGUUCUCGCCACACUCCUCCUUGCAAUCGCCCACCCGUCCCUCGAGAGCUUCAAGGCGUCGUUCACCGAUGAACAGCGCACGCAACGAACUCUCCCCGACAUUGAUUCGCUUGCCGACCGUAUGCGAGUCCAACUUCGGUCAACGAACAUCCCCAGCACUCAAUCGGCCCUUCUUGCCUCGUCGUCGUCACGUUCUACUCGUCUCAAGUGUCUCGCCUGUCGCAGCCCUUCGCACCGAGUCGCGGAGUGCCCUACGAGGGCGCAACACCCGCCGCCAGGACCCUGUCGCUCCUGCAAGAAGAAGGAUCACUGGUCUCUCGACUGCAAGAAGGCGCUCGAGGACGGCAAAAAGCCCGACACCGCUGACUCGACCGUCGACUCGCAACACCAUGUCGGAUGUCUCGCCACCGGUCUUCUCGCUCGUCGUCGCCAGCUUCGCAACCACUCUUUUGUCGUCGACUCGGGCGCCACUUCGCACAUGGUCUCGGACAAGUCGCUGUUCACGACCUAUCGCCAUAUCGCUCCUACGAAGAUUGGUGGUAUUGCAGGGGGCAUCACGCCAUCGGAACGGGAAACAUCGCCUUCAUUGCCGCCUCGGGUCAUCCGAUCACGCUUACCGGCGUGCUGCACACUCCGGGCCUGUUUGUCAAUCUUCUCUCGGUCUCUCGACUUUGCGACACCGACGAUGUCCGUGUCGCCUUCACAAAACACGGCAUCCACAUUGACAAGGACGGCAACGACAUCGCUGAAGGCGCACGACUCGACGAAGGGCUCUACUUGCUGGACGCUGAUCAUUCCAAAUGUCAGCACCUUGCUCUCCUUUCUCGCUCACAGUCGUCCGUGCCCCUGCUGACUCUCCAUCGCUGCCUCGGCCAUCUCGCACCGUCCUCCAUACAGAAGAUGGUUGCCGCUGGUUUGCUGGAGGGUCUCAGGGCCGGAUAUAGUGACGAAGAGGUAGAGAAGUUUGUCUGCAAUGCUUGCCUCAGCGCAAAGGGCCAUCGUCUUCCCUUUCCCGAUUCGGAUUCGCACUCCUCAGAGAGACUCGGCCUUGUACACAGCGAUGUGCUUUCCUUCCCCGAGCGGUCCUUGACUGGCAAACGUUACCUGGUCACAUUCCUUGACGAUUACUCGCGCAAACUCUGGGCCUACGCAAUCGGACACAAAAGCGAAGUCUUCGGCAUAUUCAAAACUUGGCUAGCCGAGGUUGAACUCGAGACGGGUGCGACGCUGAAGGUCCUCCGAACCGACAACGGUGGCGAAUACUGUUCGAGAGCGUUCACAGAGUUCUGCAAGACACGAGGCACCCGUCGACAAUACUCUAUCCCACGCACGCCUCAACAGAACGGUCGUGCAGAGCGGUCAAUCGUUCCAUUGUCGAAGGCGUCCUUGCCCUCCUUGUCGACGCCCACCUACCCAAGACAUUCUGGGAGGAGGCUGCAGCUUAUUUCGUUUACUGCAAGAACCUGUGUCAACACGCGGCCCUGGACAAGGCAACACCAAAACUCCGUCUGGCAGGGUGACCACACCACUGCCUCGGCGCUUCACCCGUUCGGCUGUACAGCUUGGCUUACGGUCGCGCCCGAACUUCGCUCCAAACUCGACCCGAAGGCGGUUCGCGUUUUUUUCACCGGCUACGACCUGGCUUCAAAAGCCUUUCGCUUCUACGACACUACAACACAGAAGAUUAUACUUGGCAGAAAUGCCACGUUCCUCGACACUGAAUUCCCCGGAUUACAUGGCGACCCCACUGAGCAAGACGGCGACACGCACUUCGCCAGCGCUCCCACCACCGAAUCUCAAACCGUUGUCAAGACAUGGACCCCACUAGUAAGGUCGGCGCACAUGGACGUCUCAUCCCCCCUUGAUGAUUCUGCCAUGAGCGCCGUUGACGUGGCCCCAGGGUACACUGGCGGAACCUUACUUAACUUCACAGAUGCCGAAUCGUCCUCGUCACCGUCGCCUGCGUCGCCCUCAUCACCGUCGUCUGCGCCAUCGCCUGCACUUUCACCAUCGUCGGCUGCGUCAUCGUCACCCUCGGCCUUACCGACCGACUCUGAAGACUCCGCCGAUCCCCUCGACCUCCUCGGCUCACAGCCCCAGGUUCGCCUCGAUCUACAGGACGUGCACCACCCAGACUUCAGCACGUACCGCGAGCCCGCAUCGGCUGAGGAGUCGCCCGACGAACUCGACCUCAUUGGGCGCCACUCUCGCGACGAAUCUCCGGACGAAAUCGAUUUCCUCACCCGACACCACCGCGCUUCAUCGCCAUCGACGACGACACCUCUGACACAGAGGCAAUUCAGCCAGUCAAGUCCAUCACGAGCGACCCACAGACCUGGCGCGAGGCGAUGUCUAGCGACAAGCGUGAAGUAUGGGCCAAAGCCGCCACCGACGAGUUCACCUCCAUGCGCGACGACUUCAAGGUCUUCACCAUCGAGGACCGAGCCACGGUGCCCGCGGGUGCGACUAUCGUUACAUCCAAGUUCGUCUGGAAAACGAAACGGAACGCACUCGGCGAAGUCACUGGACACAAGGCAAGGCUGGUCGCGCAAGGCAAUCGGCAACGCGACGGCAUCGACUUCAACGAAACGUUCGCACCGGUCGCACGCUUCUCCUCGAUACGCUCACUCCUCGCGCUGGCGGCCGCCAACGGCUUGCACGUGCACCAGGCGGACAUCGACAAAGCAUAUCUGCAUGGCGACCUUGACCACGACAUCUGGAUGACGGCACCGCGCGCUUCGACCUUCCCAGCGACAAGGUGCUUCGCCUGCGACGCUCCAUCUACGGGCUCAAACAGGCUGGCCGAAUCUGGAAUCGACACAUCGACGCUUCGCUUCGGGCCCUCGGUUACACGGCGACGGGCACCGACCACUGCGUAUACUCUGGCUCGAUGAUCGUCAAUGUCCACACUACAUCGCACUGUACGUCGACGACCUCCUGAUGAUCAGCCCGGAACUGGCCGAAAUCGAACGUGUCAUCUCAGGCCUGGACCAACGCUACGGAGUCAAGCGCCUCGGCCCGGCCGAGUAUAUCCUCGGCAUCCAGAUCAGGCGGUUCGACGACGGCUCUAUCGCCCUAUCCCAGGAACGGUACAUCAUGGACGUGCUCGCUCGGUUCCACUUCGACACCACGACUCGCGGCACUACAGUUCCGAUGACUCCCGGCCUUUCGCUCACUGCUAUCCCGGGUCAAGGCACCGAACGGAUCAGGUCAUGGUAUCUGCAGGCUAUCGGCUCGCUCCUCUACAUUUCGCUCGGUACCCGCCCUGACAUCGCCUUCGCCGUGUCCUACCUGGCCCGCUUCGCCAACAACCCCGGUCGUCGUCAUUGGAUUGCGGUCAAGCACAUCCUACGCUAUCUCCGGGCCACGUAUCGCAACGAACUCGUGUAUGCUCGCGGCCAGGCUCGCAUCACGGGUGUGGUAGGCUACUCCGACGCGAACUGGGGGGCCUGCAUCGACACAUCGGUGUCCACCAUGGGCUACGUCUUCUACAUCGCUGGCUCGGCCGUGUCCUGGUCGUCCAAACGCCAGUCUCGAGUUGCCGAUUCGACCACCGACGCUGAAUACCUCGCCCUCUCGCAUGCUGGCAAGGAAGGGAUUUACCUCAGUCAGCUGCUCGAAGAGCUCCAUGUACAACCUGUUGCACCGGCUCACAUCUUUACUGACAACGAAGCCGCUGCUGCAGUUGCUCACGAUCCUGUCCGCGUCUCUGGCACUCGGCACAUACGCUUGCGUGAGCACUUCGUUCGGGACAUGGUGAAUCGGGGCGACAUCUCUCUCUCGCAUGUGGGUACCAGCGACAUGGUGGCCGACAUCUUCACCAAGGCUCUCGGCCCAAAGGUCUUCUCAACGCACUGCUACGCCCUCGGCCUUCGCACUCGACACCCGCGGCUUGGGUCUGCCUCGCAUUCGCGUGGGGGGGGGUGA